AUGUCGAAGCUACGCAAAAAUACCAUACCAGGGAGAACAGAGGCCUGCAAAGAAUGGGGAUUUUUCCAACUUGUCAAUCAUGGAAUUCCAGUAGAUCUUCUACAAAAGGCUGAGAAUGGUGGCCGGAAUUUAUUAUCCAUGCCUAACGAGGUCAAAGACAAAACCUCAGCUGGUAAGCCAUUCGAUACUUACUUCCGAAGAGGAAACUAUGAGACCUUUCACCUUCGAGACUCGACCAGUCCAGGUUCCUUUGAGCAAAUGUAUGCAAAACUGUGCCCUGAAAAGAACCCCAAUUUAUGCGAAGCGAUGGCAGCAUACGCUUCGUGUGUCUCAGAUCUUGCACACAAAAUCACAAAAAUAAUUCUUGCAGGCCUAGGAUUGGAUGCCCAGAAUUUCUACCACAAUUACUUUGAAAACUGUGCAAAAGUUUUGCGUAUAAACGGUUAUUCACUGGAAAACAUGUCCAUCGGGGAGGAGGCGCUUGUCUCCCAUACAGAUACUGGGUGCCUCACAAUUCUUUAUUCAGAUGAUGCGUGGAUUAAUGGCCGCUACCGCAGCGCAGAGCAUCGUGUUAUUUGUACAGGUUGCAGAAAGCGCAUGUCAAUUGUCGUUCUCACCACUUUUCCUGAAGAGACGGAAAUCUGGGCGCCUGAGGAGCUUGUGGACGACAACCACCCAAGGCGUUACAAGCCUUUCGUAUUCUCAGAUUUAAUGCGUGAAAAACUUAGUAAUAAAGGUGAUAAUGUAAUAAGUAGUGCUCUUGAACGGUUCGCGGGUAUAUAA